AUGGCGCCGCCGCCCUUGGUGGUGCUGAGUUCUGGGGCUGGGGUGGGGUCCGUCCGUUUCACAAGCUGCGGCUCUUCCCACGUCCCCGAGCUCAUGGGCAACUACUUCCGAGAUGGGCAAACCAAGAUCGACUUCGUGCUGGUGUGGGAGGAGAAGGUGCGGCCCCCGAAGAAGAGGAGGGGGAAGCUGGCGGCUCACGAGGCCAGAGGCGACCGGCCACGCGGGCACCACGAGCACUGGAGGAGGAAGUUCCUCAACAACCUGAGAAAUGCCGGGCUGCUGAUGGAGAAGGAGGAGAUGCUGAGCGAGCGGAAAACCAUCCACUACCUGAAGCUGAGCGCCCCGUGGGACGUGCUGGUGUUCUACGCCGAGGAGCUGUGCCUGCGAGCGCCCCUGCAGUACUCCAGGAAGGUCACGGCCCAGAAGGACAUGAAGACGCUGAAGAAAACCGUCCCGGGGUGAUCAAACAGGUACCCGACCUGCAGGGGCACAGAACAGAGGGGCCACACGGCCUCUUCACCAGACGCAGAAGCCCGUUCCCCCUGCACAUGCAUUGCCAUCUUCACCGCCUCCAUCUCACACCUCUAGCCUUGCUCCCUACAGCGCCUCCUGCUGGCGCGGGGGUAGCUGGACGCUCUCCUUGAACUGCUGCCCCUACGCCUUACCCACCUGGAGUUGGGACAGGCUGGCGCUAGCUCCUGGGGCUGGCACCACUGUGCCAUUUCCUACGGCGCCUCCUGCUGGGAGAUGCUGGGACUGGAGUAGCCAGGGGCUCCCCGGCAGUCAGAGCUCCCGCCCCCUCCCCUCAGCACAGCUCUGAG